UGGAAAUAUUGAAUAAUGCAUUAACCUUUGUGCCCCCCCAAAAAAAGUAUUUUCAUCUCCUGCCACGAGUGAGCACUUUGAUCACUGUUUGAAAGCUGCCGAGAUAACAGAAGCCCGCAGUAAACACCAAGCGGGUCCACUCGCGCUGGGCCAGUGGUCAUGCUGAUUGUUUAAUGCACUUCUUAUCAGUUUAGAUUGUUUUAUUUUAAAGCUUACACUCAAUCAAAGGGAUUGCGGUGUCGGUGACCGCCGGGCGUCUGUUCAAGUGGCUGGAAAAGGCUCGCCCGCUUGUGCUGCAAGUGUAGGCUGCACUCUGUUACGAGCCGCGAUGAGCCACAGCAAAAGGUCAACGGACAUGAGAUCAUGGACGAGCCCAUGGAGGAGGGAGAGUCUUUCUCACACUGCGAUGAAGAGACCUAUGAGGAGAUUCCGAUCACCCACCAUGUGAAGGAGGGCUGCGAGAAAGCCGAUCCCUCUCAGUUCGAACUGCUCAAAGUCCUCGGCCAGGGCUCCUUUGGCAAGGUGUUCCUUGUCCGGAAGAUCUUGGGCCCAGAUGCUGGUCAGUUAUAUGCAAUGAAAGUUCUAAAAAAGGCAUCUUUGAAAGUCAGGGACCGAGUUCGCACUAAGAUGGAAAGAGACAUUUUGGUGGAAGUCAAUCAUCCCUUCAUAGUGAAGUUGCACUACGCCUUUCAGACAGAAGGGAAACUGUAUUUAAUACUGGACUUUCUCAGGGGAGGGGAUGUAUUCACUCGCUUAUCCAAAGAGGUUAUGUUUACAGAGGAAGAUGUGAAAUUCUACCUUGCAGAGCUGGCCCUGGCCCUCGACCACCUGCACAGCCUGGGCAUAGUUUACAGAGAUCUCAAGCCAGAGAACAUCUUACUUGAUGAAGCUGGACACAUAAAGUUAACAGACUUUGGCUUGAGUAAAGAGUCAGUAGAUGCUGAUAAGAAGGCUUAUUCCUUCUGUGGUACGGUGGAGUAUAUGGCCCCUGAGGUGGUCAACAGGAGAGGACACACGCAGAGCGCGGACUGGUGGUCUCUGGGAGUGCUUAUGUUUGAGAUGCUAACGGGGACGUUACCGUUCCAAGGGAAAGACCGCAAUGAGACCAUGAACAUGAUUCUCAAAGCCAAGUUAGGAAUGCCCCAGUUCCUAAGUCUGGAAGCCCAGAGUUUGCUGCGAAUGCUGUUCAAGCGUAACCCUUCUAACCGGCUAGGGGCCGGGCCCGACGGAGUGGAGGAGAUCAAACGCCACGCCUUCUUUUCCACCAUCGACUGGAAUACACUGUACAGGAGAGAGCUGCAACCCCCGUUCAAGCCUGCGGCAGGUAAACCAGAUGACACAUUCUGCUUCGACCCAGAGUUCACCGCGAAAACGCCUAAAGACUCUCCAGGUAUCCCUCCGAGUGCUAACGCCCACCAGCUCUUCAAAGGCUUCAGUUUCGUUGCUCCAAACCCGAUGGAUGACAAGAGCUCCCCGCUGCUCAGCAUACUCCCGAUAGUUCAGAUGCACGGGGGCUCGACCAAGUUCUCUGAUCUUUACGAGCUGCAGGAGGACAUUGGGGUCGGCUCCUACUCCAUUUGUAAACGCUGUGUACACCGAGUCUCUGCCAUGGACUACGCUGUGAAGAUUAUAGACAAAAGUAAGAGGGACCCCUCUGAAGAGAUCGAAAUCCUGAUGCGAUACGGACAGCAUCCCAACAUCAUCACUCUGAAAGACGUGUAUGACGAGGGCAGGUAUGUCUACCUCGUGACGGAGCUGAUGAAGGGAGGGGAGCUGCUGGACAAGAUCCUCAGGCAGAAGUUUUUCUCUGAGCGAGAGGCCAGUGCUGUGCUCUACACCAUCACCAAGACUGUUGACUACCUCCACUGCCAAGGGGUGGUGCACCGAGACCUGAAGCCCAGUAACAUCCUAUACAUGGAUGACUCGGGAAACCCCGACUCCAUCAGGAUCUGUGACUUUGGAUUCGCCAAGCAGCUUCGGGGAGGCAACGGCCUGCUCCUCACCCCCUGUUACACCGCCAACUUUGUGGCACCAGAGGUACUAAUGCGGCAAGGUUAUGAUGCAGCCUGUGAUAUAUGGAGUCUUGGAGUUCUACUGUAUACCAUGCUGGCAGGGUACACGCCGUUUGCUAACGGGCCAAACGACACACCAGAGGAGAUUCUCCUCCGGAUAGGGUCCGGAAAGUUCUCUUUGACCGGUGGCAACUGGGAUACGGUAUCGGACACCUCAAAGGACCUGCUGUCCCACAUGCUCCACGUGGACCCUCACCAGCGAUACACAGCAGAGCAGGUCCUCAAGCAUUCCUGGAUCACCUGUCGAGAUACGCUACCACACUUCAAGCUCACGCGCCACGACGCACCCCACCUCGUCAAGGGAGCCAUGGCGGCAACCUACUCAGCACUGAGCCAGAAGACGAGUCAGCCGGUGUUGGAGCCCGUGGCAGCCUCCAGUCUAGCCCAGAGACGCAGCAUGAAGAAACUCACCUCAACUGACAUGUAGACACACACACACACACACACACUCUGCUCGCCCUCCAGUUUUGACCUCACUCUCAGUUGGACUGUCAUACGCGAACGCACACACAGACCCAAGUCCUGGCCAGUCAGACAUACUGUCUCCCUUUUUAUAAUCUAUUUAUUUGGCAAACCCGACUUGUGUGUACACUCACACUGGACGAGGUUGCGUUGUGAAGAAGUCGGCUGAAGAGGAAGAGCGGAAACUCACAUAUCUGUUACUGCUGGGGAGACAGACUUGUAUUUAUUUCUACAGCUUUCAUAUGCACUUGCCCACCUCGCCUUUUCAUUCUCCCUUCCUCGCGUGGGGAAGAAACACACCAGCUGAUGUGCUCCUUCACUGUGAUUGGCUGAUUCAGAGCUGCUUUUGGUAAACUGUGCCCCUCUCCCCCACUCUGCUGUCCUCCUCCUCAGUUCUCUCUGUCUGUCGCUGUCUUAACUUGUCCUCUUCAAAGUGCAGUAAUGGUUAAGUUUGAGUGCUGGCAGGACGACAUUGACUGAGGGACAUCGCAAGACCUCUCUUAAAAAUAAAAAUUCUGCUCGUGGCAGAUUAGAAAGUUUCCUCAGGAUCAGAGUCAUCUGCCAGCACUGUUGUAACAUGAAUGCAUGUGUGGACGGAACAUGUCUUUCUUUUCCCUUCAGUGUCGCCGUCUGACUCCUGUUACUUUGUGAUGCUAGCAGUGUAUCGAAAGAGAAAGGAGAAAAAAAAGCUGCAGAUGGGCGAAAGUUGACGUCUAGCAUUUGAAGGUUAUUUUAUAUAUAUAUAUAUAUAUAUAUAUAUAUA